UGCGAGACAGACUCCCCUUUUCGGAAUGAGAGCUCUUGUUCUUGUUCUGCUGUUCGGCUAACCUAAAAGGUGUAAUCAAGUUUUUAAAUUAUUUGUGCAUUAAAGUAUUUUUAAAACUUUGAAAUGUUGAUUAAAGUUAAGACCCUCACUGGUAAAGAGAUUGAAAUCGAUAUUGAGCCAACCGAUAAAGUGGAGCGGAUAAAAGAAAGAGUAGAAGAGAAAGAGGGAAUUCCACCUCAACAACAGAGGCUAAUUUUUUCAGGAAAGCAGAUGAAUGAUGAAAAAACAGCACAAGACUACAAAGUUCAGGGCGGUUCAGUCCUUCAUCUCGUUCUUGCACUCCGUGGAGGAAGCCUUUGAAACAUUGAUAUGCUCAGAGAAUCAAUCACCUUGACGCCAAGAUUAACUAUCCACGAUUAAAAAUGAACACUAUCCUUUCACAGUUUUGUUACAAAAAUUCAGUUAUUACGUCAAUUUAUGUAAUAUAAUUUGUUCAUCUUCCUACAACAUGUAUCAAUAUUUCUUCUGAUUACAUAACGAAUAAUUACAAUAAGUUUGUUUUAGUUUUUGUAUUUUUUCAAUGAUGAUUAUACAUUGUAUAUUUCAGUAAAUUAAUAAAAUCAAAAACUACCAA